UCAGUUUCAGUUGCUGUCGAGCAGCGAUUCGGUGCGGUCGUUUUCGUGGUUGGUGCGAAAAAAGUUGCAAAGUGUAACGAACGUGGUCACGUUUCAGCUUGGGAACAGGUGUUCGGUGGUGAUAAAAGCUAUCAUACUCGGAGGAGGACGACGACCGGUUCUUCCUUCAACCGAGGAGGGAACUGAACGCGUUCGAGUUCCACGUGGGUUCAGCAUGGCGUCGACAGCGAUAGAUUACGACUACCUUAUCAAAUUCCUGACCAUCGGCGACUCGGGCGUUGGGAAGACGAGCUUCCUCUAUCAGUACACAGACGGCGUGUUUCACACCAAAUUCAUUUCGACGGUGGGGAUCGACUUCCGCGAGAAACGUGUGCUGUACAACUCGAACGGCAUCAACCACCGGAUACACCUGCAACUCUGGGACACGGCCGGCCAGGAGCGGUUCCGCAGCCUGACCACGGCCUUCUACCGGGACUCGAUGGGCUUCAUCCUCAUCUUCGACAUCACCAACGAGCAGAGCUUCCUGGACGUGCAGAGUUGGAUGGAACAGCUCAAGCAGCACGCCUACUGCGAGGACCCGGACAUCGUACUGUGCGGCAACAAGGCCGACUUGGAUCACAAGCGGGUGAUCAGCGAAACGAGAGCCCAGAGCUUGGCCGAAAAGUACCAGAUCGAGUACAUUGAGACGAGUGCGUUCACCGGGCACAAUGUGGCGGCCGCCGUGGAACUGCUGCUGAACAAGGUGAUGAAACGGAUCGAAACCAUCGUGCUGAGCUCGACGAUACAGGCCCGGAGGGGCGUUCCGAAGCUGUUUGUCGACACGAAAGACCCCCCGGUCAAGCUGGAAGGGGCGAACGGGACGGACAAACCGUCCGGAUGCCGAUGUUAGACGACCAAGGGGUGGGGAAGGCGAUUGUUUUGUAUGGUGAGCAACUUUUGUGAAUCUCUCAAGGGACGAACCGUAGACAAAUUUUGACUUUUGAAACAAGAACUUUUAUACGAGAAACUCAGCGAACGCUAGCGAUCGCUGGCUACGCUGAUCGUUUGUUAAGAAACUUUGUGAAUUGUUAUAAACAGAUUAAUGUUGGAUUUUUGUUUGUUCGUGAAACGAGAACCAAAAAACCGAGCUGCUUCGAUGCCAACUGUUGGUGUUUGUAUUGUGACAAAACGUGCGUGUCGAAAAGUUAGAAACCACAAAAUUGUGAAUACGACAAUAUGCAUUUAAAAUGAAGAGAACCGAAACCAGUAUUGUGAAUGUUGACUUCGUAGUUGAUGUAUAUUAAGACAAAUGUUAUGGUAAUACGAUGUCUGUCAGAUUUUA